UAUACGUGCCCUAUACGCCCUUUACUGAAUCACUUCUGUUUCUGACUGAGUCACCCACUGGAAACAGGAGGAUACUGAUAUGUGAUAGAAAUUCCCAUGGAUCUCAGUUGGAAUUCUACAAGAAGGACAUGGCCAUGGAUGCAGACAGAGAACUCUUGGAAAAGAUCAGUCUGAACGAAUCUGCCUCCAAGAUGGGGGAGGAAAAAGAAAAAGCCUUGGGAAACAGCAACCAUGCUGCACCAUUCUUGAUCUCCAGCCUCCAGGAAGGGACCUCUGUACUGAAUACUUACACAGCAGAGGAGGAGAAGAGCAAAAUACCUCCAAAGAACAAGGGCCAGAUCAUUUUUGAUGACCACAUACACCUGAAAUGGGUUGAGUGGGAAGGGUCAGUUCCAAGUGGGGCAGUUUCCAUCUGGAAUGAGGCGGCAUCUCGCACAGACUAUGUCUGUGCAGAGGCAGGAUGUUCUGUUGGGUUUUUCACUGAAAGCAAAGGUCCAUAUUGUUACUAUUCCAAUGCUGAUCAAGAACAUCGCACCUCAAACUUCAGAAUGUUGGUAAAUGAGGAUAACUUUGAAGUGCUAGAGUGGAAGAAAGAAUUAUAUGGUUCUUUUCCACCAAAGUCAGUUCCAAGCUACCCAGGAGUUAACGUUUUCGUUGGUAGGAAUGGUUAUGGCUUAGGGAAAGUAGUCCCUAGGUUUGAAGCUUUCUUCUUACCUCAUCACGGCAAAGAGAAGUGUUACAAAGAAUACGAAGUUCUGACUGUUAACACACCCAAGAGACAACAAAAGUUCAGUAUUUAAUAAAUAAGGCAAAAUUUU